AUGGGGACUAGCGGCGCUAUCCCUAUUCAGCCUAGCGUUCCCGAGCGGCGGAUCGCCGCCACUGGGGAAGGCACAUACCCUCCUGCUCUGUGCGAACAGCAGGGAAUGCGGUGGCUGGGCCCGACUUUCGUCAAGCAUCGACUCGGAUGCAUGCCUCACGGGAUAUCCACCAGACACCCCACGUCUCAGACGGCCUCGGGUGCAGAAGCCGCAAUGCGACCCCCAUUCUCCGAAGCACCGACGAGAGUGGAGAGCCGAGAGGAGAACCACGGGACAAGUCCGACCCCCAACGCUGUGAAUCCGGGGGACAACACAGGGCCCCAACAGGUGCCCUAA